AUUCAGACAGCAAAGCUUUCUCAUGCUAUUGUCUUAUCGCCGCCGUUCGUCACCACCGACCUUCGUUCUCCGAUAGAGAGGUUGUUGCAAGCUUGCCGCAAUGAGGGGAAGGAGCUACACUCCGUCACCACCAAGGGGGGGUUAUGGGAGGAGGGGUCGAUCCCCAAGCCCUAGAGGAGGAGGAGGAGGCCGAUACGGAGGAGGUCGCAGCAGGGACCUCCCCACCAGUCUUUUAGUUCGUAAUCUACGCCAUAAUUGCAGGCAAGACGAUCUCAGGAGGUCGUUUGAGCAGUUCGGCCCUCUCAAGGACAUUUACUUGCCAAGGGACUAUUAUACUGGAAAUCCGCGAGGGUUUGGUUUUGUUCAGUUUGUGGAUCCUGCUGACGCUGCUGAGGCGAAAUAUCACAUGGAUGGCUAUGUUCUUCAUGGACGUGAGCUGACUGUUGUGUUUGCGGAAGAGAACAGGAAGAAACCUACUGAGAUGAGAGCUAGGGAGCGUGGUGGAGUAAGGAGGCGGAGUCCCCCUAGGUAUUCUCGUUCUCCUCCCCGUCGACGUGGUAGAUCACGGUCAAGGAGUGGUGGUUACUAUUCUCCUCCCCGAAGACAUCACCCAAGGUCUAUCUCUCCCAGGGAAGAACGAUAUGAUAGGGGGAGAUCAUACUCGCGCUCCCCCGCCUACAAUGGCUCGAGCGGUCGCAGUGUAACUCCAGCCAGAGGCAAGAGCCGCAGCAUAAGCCGUAGCCCAAGAAGAAGCAUAAGCCCGAGUCCUAGAAGAGGCGGCAUUAGCCCGAGUCCCAGAAGAAGCAUAAGCCGUAGCCCGAGCCCUAGGAGAAGCAUAAGCCAUAGCCCGAGAGGAAACAGGAGUCCAAGCCCUAGGAGAAGCAGGAGCUGCACACCUGAACAGGCCAGAAGCCGCAGCCCACCGCGUGGGGAGCAAUACGAAGACCGUUCACCAAGCCAGUGAUUUGAUUCUUCACUCUUUGGAUAUGCAUCAUCUCUAUGUUAUGAUUAUGUCUCUCUUUUUCUUAUCCUAAGACAGUUAUUAUGAUUUGAGAAAAGAUGAGAGAUCUAUGUAGUGUCGAACCUUGGCUUUGUUAUGUUAUUGAGGAUUGAAUAUUUUUAUGGUUUGAUGAUGUUGAGUCUUAUGGGAGAUUGUUAGUGUUA